AGCAUGACUUGGCGUUAAACGCAAAAGGGCUUUUUGGAGUAGGAUUUGGGGAACAAGUGUUUAAAGGGAGGGGCGGCUUUCCUCAACCUUCCACGCCUCUCAUCUUCAGAACGGAAGAACCAAAUUCCAAAGAUUUAGAGCGUUUUUCACACUUUUGAGCUUCCUUGGACGUUCACAAAAUAGCGUAGCGGUCGCGCUAUCGCAUGUGUUGUCGCGCUAGGAGACUUGAUCAGAACACAACACUUUUAAGACCUGCCAGCCACCAGCGCCCCCAGUUACCGGCCAAAAAGUCCUCACCAGCAGCAGCCAACACCAAUUUCAACCGUUAUCCAAAUAUGCCCAACACCUCCAGUGAGCUGCACCAAGACGAAGCACAACACCAACCUCCACUCAAAACCCACCCAAUAUCACUUACUCUCCUCUCACAAGCACCUCGCUACACCACCCGUCUCCUCCCCCGUCUUUUGAACAGCGGUCCCAAAGUCCGUGGAGCGGCCACAAACAAAAGAUCGGUGGAAACGGUCGUCCAAAAUGUCCCUGAUUUGUUUGAUAGGAGAAAUGACAAGUAUCCAGCGCCCUUGGACGUGUGGGUUUCGAUGGACUGAAAACGUCUUUUGACAAAGUGGAUGAGGGAAUUUUGGAGUGAGCGGACUGCAGAAUGAUGUAGGAUGGAUUGCACACUGGCUUUUUCCGUUUGGGUAGUGCCAAUUUCUUGUACAUUCAUUGCUUGUUUCUUGUAUCCAUUCCUGUAUGUUACCAAGCGAUCUCUUGCAUACCCUGCAUUGGCUAUUUUUUCCUUAAUAUAUAUUUGAAAAACGUUGAGUUUUACAUUGCUAA